GUUUCCUUUUCCAGUGGUAAAUGGUCAAGAACCAGACAAGAAGCAUCUGAACAAGAGCUGCUUUCUCCCGAUCCCUCUCCAGCCCUUCCAGCUGUUCUGCUUCAACCACCUUUGGAUUGUGGAUAAGAAAGCGAGACUGUCAGUGCAAAAAAAGGGGGCAUUUUUGAAUGCAUAAAGGAUGACUCCCCAUAACAGUACAACAUCUGCUCCGCCUGCAAAUAUUGGAAGUUCUCCAACAGGAGCUGAUAUUGCAGUCAUUGGAGGUGUCAUUGCUGCAGUGGCUUUUGUCUUGAUUUGCCUUUUGGUGGUGAUGCUGAGAUACAUGUACCGGCACAAGGGCACCUACCACACCAAUGAAGCAAAGGGAACUGAAUUUGCCGAAAGCGCAGAUGCCGCUUUGAAAAAUGACCCUACCCUUCAAGACGCCAUGGAUGAGAGCCGGAAAGAAUAUUUCAUCUGAGAGCAAGAGCAGCCCCACUGAGACACACUUAGUCAUUCUCUCCUUCCCAAGGGAAUCAAUCAGACACUACAUCAAAAACCACCAGGAUAUGGAGAUUGCACAGGCGAGAACAAGGGGACUAAUUGAAAUAUUGCUGUUUGCCCCCAAGAAGAACUGAAUGCCAGAUCUGUGGCUGUUUAUUUGAUUAGCAGCACAGCUCGGUUCAAUAUCAGAUCAGGAGAAACAAAAAAAAAUCUCAGGAUGAGUGAUUAACUGAUAGCAGAUAAUAACAUCAAAUGUCAAACCUUGACAUUUGGCAAAAAUAGCAGGUACCCAUGGAAAGCUUCCUCAUAGACAUGCCAAUCCGUCCUGCACUGAUGUGAUACCAAAAAGUGGAUUUUAAGUGGCAACAAAACAAGUGUCGAGAUGCGUGAAACAGAAACUGGCACAAAAACUACUUUGUUGUAGUUCAGAUAUCUUGUUUUUCUUAACGUGCACAAGUUUGUGACUGUGCAUAUAUAAGUUUGUUUUUGAAGGAUGUUCCUAAGUUUUUUUAAAAAAAGGAAAGAAAGAAAGAGCAACCAGAAUCUCACAGGAAAGCACUAUAGGAAAAUACUGAAGAAAGGUUCAAAAAUGAAAGAUUUUAUUUCUGGGUAAUUCUUGUGGGGUUGUAAGGCUGCUCCUAUGAUGGGAAACUAGCUUGGUUUGCUUAGGGCCUGUACUGAUUCAUUGUCAUGGCUGUUUAAUUCCAUAACAACUGCCCGUGAGCCUAUACCUCCUUCACUCCCAUCUCAAACUUUAGAACAGACUAGCUGUAUAUGGCUCCACUUGCUUAAUUCUCAGUGUGAUUUCAGACGCAAAAUGGCAGCAUAUGUUUCUGCCACAGUCCAGGGUGACCAGCAGAAGAAGGAACUUGUGUACAAACAGACACAAAGCCCAUCUUUCAUCUUGACAGAGGAGUCCUUUCCUCCAGCACCAACUGAAAAGGGGAUAAGUUAUAGGCACAGUACAGAUGCGGCCUUAGAGACAGAGUACACAGAACCAAUCUACAGCCUGUACAUUUUUGUAGACUGGCUCUUAGGCUGAGAUAGCACUCCAUGUACCUGGGCCUCAGGUCUGAACAACUCCUAAUGUAACAAGUCGAACACAGUCCGCCCACCAUGCGUGGUCCCCUGCUAUGUGUUUGACAGCUACCUCCCACCAUUUUUGCUGAAAUAGUAGUAAUAGUAGUUUAUUCCACAGCUCACAUUAUAGAGGAGCCAAAGGGGGAAUGGCUUUCUUACCUUUAAUGGUCCCCCUCCUUAGCUAAUACUUUUAGAAGAGUACAGGGGAUCAUGAUUAAACUAACAUUGGAAGGAGUCAAGAAUUAGAGCUUGUGGUCACCCAUUAAGGUCACCCAUACCUUUCUCCCCAUCAUUUGAGCAGUCAUUUGUUCAUCACCAUCCACAAUGGGCCUCAACUUGUGGACUUUACCCUACCACCACCACGCACCCAUUUGAGGCCACUUUUGCCUGCCAAUUUUCUAUGCCCAAGAAGAAAUUGCCUAUAUUUGAAUGCUCUGGGUCCAUUUGUAUUCAAAUGAUAGCAUUGUAGCAGACUUGAAAUACCUUUGAAAUGUGGGGUGAGGUGAGGGUGCAUGUGGAAACCUCGGCUUGGAUCUAAAUUGUUUUCCACUCACAGGAGCAUUGCCUGAGCAGAGUUCCACCCAGAAUACUCCCACUGGUGGAAAGGGGGUUAGGCAAUCUUUCCCAAUUUCCCCACUCCCUUUGCAGCCUCCAGCAUCACCUCCCCCACUGUUCCAGAGCAUCACCCAACCCCCUAGAGCAUAACUGGAGGGGGGAUGGGGACUGCUGAAGGAGGAGGGAAUCAACAAAGAUCACCUCCCUCCACCCAUUUUCCAAAGUGAAAAUACUCCAGAGACCUUCUGUGGGUGGAAAGGGCCCCUCCAUUCAUGGAAGGAUUACCAUGGAUCCAACCCAUAGUGGAUUACGGUCUUGUUGAGGCUGUGGAAAGACAAAGUCUGCAAAUGCCACUCACCCCACUGAAAACAAAGCACCCUAUGCCUUAAUUCUUCCUGAACUGUGUUAUCAAGCUAACCAUACAUUUGACCAGGGUAGGUUCAAGUACUCCAUACUGCGUAUUGGGUGAAAAAAGCCAUACACCCCUUUCAUCCAGACUUUAUUUUGUGUACAUCCUCUCUUGCCUCUUUAGAUUUGCAAACAUUAUGGCUAAUGGAAUAAGAAGUAGGAUUUUCAAGCUGCAAAAAUGGACUUUGUUAGGCAGCCACAUACUUUAUUGCCCCCAGGUUAGUAUUAUGAAUUCAAAACAGAAAUUAACUGUUGACCCCAGGUUAGCCAUUUAUUUUAUUUUCUAUAUUAUUGACAUUAGUCCUCUAACCAAAGAAGAGGUGCAACACCUCUUCCUCACUGCCCUCCCCAUAUUGCUCAUCAUUAGCAUUUUUGGCUAUUAAAACACACACACAAUAACUUAGUUUCUUUUGUUCUUCUUUGUUUCAAAAAAAAAAUAUUGGUACCAAUGGCAGCUUCCCUCCUAAGUUUGCAGGGUGUGUGUGUGUCCGAUGUGGAAUAAUGGAUUGAAGGAAGGCGUUUUUUGUCAGGAGAGAUCUGCAGCAUGGAGGGGAAAGGUGAACCUCUCUCCCCACCUACCAUAGGUCCUGCUCGCACACACCCAUGGGUGCUAUUUUAAAACAAAAAUAAAACAUGUUAAUUCCUGAGUAUAUUAACACAGGAAUGUUUGCUUUUGCUCCUUGUGCUUGUAUGCAGCCACCAAAUUUUGACUCAUCUUCUAUAAAAAUGGAUACUCUG